AUUUAAGUAUUAGCUAACGAUAGGAGGCAUUCAGAAGUCAAUGAAUAUCGCGGCAGUCAGUCUUCUUUUGGUUUUCAUCAUCUCAACAAGUUUAGCUUCUGGUAAGACUAUAAUUAAUUGCUCUACGACUUGUUCCAAUGAAUAUCGGCCCAUAUGUGCUGAGAUUGAGCGACCACGUCGGGGUCGUUGCACUUUUCCGAAUAGAUGCGUGCUUGCGCGACGUCAGUGUAGGCGACCCAUCGAAGUCUGGCGCAUUAUGAUAAUUGGCACCUGUCCAAUAGCAUCAAAAUUUUGUGAUCGUUUUAUGGAAAUGACUCCUUAAAUUUUUAAUAUAAAAAUGUAUUUAAAAUUUUUUACUUAACAUUGAGAUUCAAAUAAAUAAAAAAUAUAUUAAUUAUCUCAUCUCAUAAAUGAUUUUUGUGCUUCUCCGGUCAUAGAUGACACUACAGACUUUAUUUUCACCUUUAAAUCGAGACAGAUAUACGCGUUCGCAUUUAAGGAAAUGCUUCAUGCUAGUGCCUUUGUCCGUCAAUUGUUCGAUUGCUUAUAGUUACAAGAUGUCAGUCAGACAAUUGAGACUGGGAUCUCUUACGUUUUCAGUGCACGCCCAAGAAUCAAAUUUAAAAAUGGGUGCAAUGCAAUUUUCAAACGGUCCAAUCUGCAGGUUGGUGCGAGAAUAUCGUAAGGCUAACUAAGCAGGCAGCGCAAGAGUAAUGCCGAUUUGCAAACUAAUAUAAUAUUUUGCAGUACGAGGUCUAAAGAAGAAUUUGCAUAAUUUGUAAACAUUAUGAUCCUAUGAAAAUAACGCUAUUCACAGUCAAAAUUUUCUCCGUGUACUAGUUAAUCUAAGACAUUGUGAUGGCUAUAAUCUUUGCGUCAUUUGUACUCUAUACGCACUGACAUAAAUGUCGGUGUUGGCUGUGCGAUGUCUGAAUUUAUUGACUAUGAAAGCCAAUCUAGUACCGAGUCGACACAUUUAAGCACAAAUUUGCGAUUGCUUGUUUCCAAGAAGCGGAAAUUGCCUUUCAGAAGGCAUAUAAGUGAAUACUUAUUAAAAAUGAAAGAUUUAAAUAAACACUUGGACCUGCCGAGAUAAGUCAACUAAGCUAAAAUAUUUUCUUAUGAAUUUCUUCGCAUGUUAAUAAAAAAAAGAGAAAAUAUGUAUGUAUAUGUAUAGAGAAUUAAUUACGGAAUAUAAGUGGAA